AUGAGACACAGCAACUCUUGGAAACUUUGGCUGUGGGUGACAAUCCUCUUGUUUCCUGCUUCUACUUCUGUGACUGUCAGAGACAAUCCAGAAGAACUAUGUCCUAUACUGAGAACACAUGGAUACCAGUUUAUGCAAGGCAACAGAGACAACUUAGAAGUUUCAGGUUUUGAUCUUGGAGAGAGUUUUUCUCUGAGGCGUACAUUUUGUGAAGGUGAUAAAAGUUGUUUCAAACUGGGGAGUGCACUUCUAAUUAGAGAUAUUGUUAAGAUAUUUCCCAGAGGUCUUCCUGAGGAAUACUCCAUAGCAGCCGUGUUUCGUGUGCGAAGAACCACCAAAAAGGAACGGUGGUUUCUAUGGCAGGUUUUAAACCGGCAGAACAUGCCCCAGGUUUCUUUAGUAGUAGAUGGUGGAAAGAAGGCUGUGGAAUUUAUGGUGCAUGCUGCUGAGGGUGAUGUGUUGAACUACAUCUUUAAAAAUCGAGAACUUCGUCCUUUGUUUGAUCGCCAGUGGCAUAAACUUGGCAUUGGUGUACAAUCCCGUGUUAUUUCACUCUAUAUGGAUUGCAAUUUAAUUGAGAGACGGCAGACAAGUGAAAGAGACACUCUUGACUUUCAAGGAAGGACAGUAAUUGCUGCACGAGCCACUGAUGGCAAGCCUGUUGACAUUGAACUCCACCGACUUAUUAUCUACUGUAACUCAAAUAUUGUAGCUCAAGAAACAUGUUGUGAAAUAUCGGGUAUGAAGUGUCCAGAUCAGGAUGACUUUGGAAGCACAGCAUCAUCAUCAUCAAUAACCAUUCAAGCCAGUAAAGUGUCAGCAUACAUGCCAUCAAAGAAGGAACUCAAAGACCAGUGCCAGUGCAUUCCAAACAAGGGAGAAGCAGGAUUGCCAGGAGCUCCAGGUUCUCUUGGUCAGAAAGGAGAAAAAGGAGAGCCGGGUGCAGUUGGUCCUAAAGGUGAAUUUGGUGCUCCUGGAGUUCCUGGGGAAAAGGGAGAGCAGGGUUUGGAAGGCAGCAAAGGAGAAAGUGGUGAAAAGGGUGAACCAGGAGAAAAAGGACAUCCAGGUCUGCCUGGCAUUAAUGGACAACAGGGUUUGAAAGGUGAUCUGGGUCCUCGUGGUCCACCUGGCCCAAAAGGAGAAAAGGGAGAUAUGGGUCCUCCAGGACCACCAGCCUUAACUGAUUCCCUGGGGAUACAAGGCCCCCAAGGUCCACCUGGAAAGGAGGGUCAGAGGGGAAGGCGUGGAAAAACAGGACCCCCAGGAAAACCAGGGCCCCCAGGACCACCUGGUCCUCCUGGAGUACAAGAAAUACAACAGCCAUUUGGUGAAUAUUAUAACAAGGGGGACCCUUUUACAAAAGGUGAAAAGGGAGAUAGAGGAGAACCUGGAACAAAAGGCUCACAGGGAAUCAAGGGUGAACCUGGAGAUCCUGGUCCCCCUGGCUUAAUAGGAAGCCCUGGACUAAAGGGUCUGCAAGGACCUGCAGGCUCAAUGGGGCCCAGAGGGCCACCAGGAGAUAUUGGGUUGCCAGGAGAACAUGGUAUUCCAGGGAAACCAGGCAUUAAAGGAGAAAAAGGACAUCCAGGCGGGAUUACAGGCCCUCCUGGACUUCCAGGUCCAAAAGGUGAAGCUGGCCCCCCAGGGAAAAGUCUGCCAGGGGAUCCAGGAUUAGAUGGAAGUCCUGGAAUGCCUGGUCCACGUGGACCAAAGGGUGAAAGAGGACUGCCAGGCCUUCAUGGUUCUCCUGGUGACAUUGGCCCACCAGGGGUAGGAAUUCCUGGACGAAUAGGUUCCCAAGGACCAGCUGGAGAGCCAGGCAUUCAGGGUCCUCGAGGUCUCCCUGGAUUACCAGGAACUCCAGGAGCCCCAGGGAAUGACGGAGCUCCAGGAAGGGACGGAAAGCCAGGCUUGCCAGGACCCCCAGGUGACCCGAUUGCCCUUCCUCUCUUGGGAGACAUUGGUGCCUUAUUCAAGAACUUCUGUAGCAAUUGCCAACCCAGUAUUCCUGGGCUGAAAAACAUCAAAGAAGAAGGAGUCACUGGUGAGCCUGGGAAGUACAGUGUCACAGCCCAGAAGGGUGAUCCCGGAUCACGGGGUCCUCCAGGAAUCCCAGGCAGAGAAGGACCAAAGGGAAGCAAAGGAGAGCGGGGCUACCCUGGGAUACCUGGGGACAAAGGUGAUGAGGGCCUUCAAGGAAUUCCAGGCAUUCCAGGUGUUCCAGGACCGACUGGUCCCCCUGGCUUAUUGGGAAGAACUGGACAUCCUGGCCCUGUGGGACCAAAGGGUGACAAGGGCAACGAGGGGCCCCCUGGGAAGCCUGGACCACCUGGCCCGCCUGGUGUGCCAUUCAAUGAAGGAAACGGAAUGAGCAGUUUGUAUAAAAUCCAGGGAGGUGUGGGUGUUCCCAGCUAUCCAGGGCCACCUGGUCCCCCUGGCCCCAAAGGUGACUCUGGCCCAGUGGGAGAACCUGGUCCAAUGGGGUUACCAGGACUAGAAGGGUUUCCAGGCUUAAAGGGAGAUCGUGGCCCUGUUGGUCCCCCAGGAGUAGCUGGAAUAUCGGGAAAGCCUGGCACCCCAGGCCCUCCAGGAGUCCCCGGGGAACCAGGUGAGAGAGGACCUGUUGGAGAUAUAGGUUUCCCUGGACCGGAAGGACCCGCAGGAAAACCAGGCAUAAAUGGAAAAGAUGGAUUACCAGGUGCUCAGGGCAUCAUGGGUAAGCCUGGAGAUCGAGGCCCCAAAGGAGAACGUGGUGAUCAAGGAAUUCCAGGAGACAGAGGCCCACAAGGGGAACAGGGAAAACCCGGCCUUCCAGGCUUGAAGGGAGCCAUCGGUCCUGUGGGGCCCCCAGGAAUCAAAGGCUCCGUGGGUUCCCCUGGCCACCAAGGCCCUCCAGGUUCUCCAGGCAUCCCUGGCACUUCGGUUGAUGCUGUUUCAUUUGAAGAAAUAAAGAAGUAUAUUAACCAAGAAGUCUUGAGGAUUUUUGAAGAGAGGAUGGCUGUGUUUCUAUCCCAACUCAAGCUGCCAGCUGCAAUGUUGGCUGCUCAGGGUCACGGGAGGCCUGGUCCACCAGGAAAGGAUGGAUUACCUGGGCCCCCAGGAGACCCUGGACCUCAAGGCUACCGAGGUCAGAAGGGAGAAAGAGGAGAACCUGGAAUUGGACUACCAGGGAGUCCUGGUCUUCCUGGGACUUCAGCCCCAGGUGCUCCAGGUCCUCAGGGCCCCCCAGGUCCUAGUGGAAGAUGUAACCCAGAAGACUGCUUCUAUCCUGUGUCCCACGCCCAGCAGCGGACAGGUGGGAAAUGA